CCCAUCAAGAGGAUUCAGAGUUAAUUUUGUGUCCCUAACAAUGUUUUGCCUUUUAAAGUUAUAAAUAGAGCCCCAGUGGACUCCCCGGGAAGUCGUUUUGUAGUGGAUCGGGCUUCCCCGCCAUCCCGCUGCCACAGCUGUCUGCUCUCGUCUGUCCCCAACUCCAUCCGUCCCCCGGCGCAGGGCGCAGUACAUACUGCAAACCCUCGUCAUCGCUAAGAAUAAACCUUUCGACAACAACAGCCUCUGACAACCUGAAUCAUCCUGGGUUCUGGUUUGGGAAAAUGACCCAGCUAAUGACUUCAUGUUAGAUGCUCUAUAUAAGUCGAGGAAAAAAACAGGCGUUCGCAGAGCUCACGGGCUGGAUUUAAUCAAAGCCGGGAAACAACCUCGGAAGGGAUUACGGUCGAGUAAGCGCCACAGUUAUGUCACAGCCAGCCCCUGUGAAAAAGAAGCGUCCGCCAGUGAAGGAAGAAGACCUCAAAGGAGCCAGAGGAAAGCUUUCCAAAAACCAGGAAAUUAAAUCCAAAACCUACCAAGUGAUGAAGCAGUGUGAACAAAUGGGCUCUGCAGCACCCUCCAUAUUCAGCCGGGAUCGGACAGGGGGUGAAACAGUCUUUGAGAAACCCAAAGAAGAGCCAGCCAAGAGCGUCUUUGGGUGACAGCGGGGCUCGAUGGUGCUCACCGAGAUGAUUGUUGUAGCGUUUUCCCAAAUUUCUGCCCCUUACACUAAUGUCACUGUAGACCUAAGUAGCUAAUUUCUACUGUAAGUCAUUAAGUAGGGAAUAGGCUCAUGUCAAAGGGUAC